CUUAUCAGGGCCAUGCCUCUGGAGGGCCAGGAACAAACAGGCUUCAAAGUCAAGGGCUUGGCUGGCAGACAGGGGCCCCAGUCCUUCAUCUCUCUUCCCUCUCCCUACAGACACAUAUAAGAUCCUGGUCACACCUGGGAGAAGAGGAGAGGAUAGGAGAGCGCCUGCAGCAGGAUGGACAUGGGCAGCAAAGAGGUCUUGAUGGAGAGCCCACCGGACUACUCUGCAGCUCCCCGGGGCCGGUUUGGCAUCCCCUGCUGUCCUGUGCACCUCAAACGCCUUCUCAUCGUGGUUGUGGUGGUGGUCCUGGUCGUUGUGGUGAUUGUAGGAGCCCUGCUCAUGGGUCUUCACAUGAGUCAGAAACACACCGAGAUGGUCCUAGAGAUGAGCAUUGGGGCACCAGAAGCCCAGCAACACCUGGCCCUGAGUGAGCAUGCGGCUACCACUGCCACCUUCUCCAUCGGCACCACUGGCCUUGUAGUGUAUGACUACCAGCGGCUCCUGAUCGCCUAUAAGCCAGCCCCAGGAACCUGCUGCUACAUCAUGAAGAUGGCUCCAGAGAGCAUCCCUAGUCUUGAGGCUCUCACUAGAAAAUUCCAGAGCUUCCAGAUGAGGCGCUCUCUCCAGGCCAAACCUGCAGCACCCACCUCUAAGCUGAGCCAGGAGAAGGGGCAUGACACAGACUCCGUGUCCUCGGGAGGAGACCUGGCUUUCCUGGGCAUUGCUGUGAACACCCUGUGUGGCGAGGUGCCUCUCUACUACAUCUAGGAUUCUUCAGGUGAGCAGGGGUGAGACCACAAGGGCACCCUAAGCACAGUGCCACCUCUGCUGAAUGAGCACUGGAGUAUCCACUGAAGCCAAGUCAUCUAGGAAGCCCAGGGGA